UUUAAUUUUAGAUCGGUUCUCACUUCUCGGAAUGUCACUUCACUAAGGCUGUACUGAGGUUGAUGCAUAAGAUGUAGUCAUAAACAUAUCUAGCAUCUCAUUCAUCCCAUACAAUUCUUGUUCUAAGUACCGAGAUAAGGGAACUUAGUAACCUAGUCAGCAGGAUGUCAUAAAACCACGAAAAUCUAACACGGGUCCAAGCAUAUAGGCUCAUGGCAACAGGGUGGCCUGUAAAAGAUUCUUGGAAUAUAAAGCUUUGACAAUCUGAACCCAGAUUUUCUGACAGCAAGAGACAAUGGAAGUUCAACAGGCAUUACGUGAUCUUAUUGAUACUGUUCAGCUACUGCAGCGGAAGGCUACUCUUGCAGAGCGUCCACUUCUUCGACUCACCAUGGAACUUCUGGAGUUGUGCGCCUCCACUGAACCUCAGGCUUGCAUGAUAGAAUUACUGCAAGUCGAAGUUGGUCAGCAGAAGCGCUGGGUCAUGGACUAUCUAAACCAGCAGAAAGGCAACGAGCAAAUGACUCGACUGGCUGAUGACUUCGCAAAACCGUCAGAGGAUCACGAAAGACUGCUUCUUAGAUACUGUCAAGAGACUUGGGAGGGUGCCAGAGCCAUAGCACUGGUGUUGGAUGUUCCUCUACUGCGACCAACGUGGAAAGUCAUGCACCAUAGGGAAGCAUUUUCAUCUCCGAAAGGACGUAGGUCUCACAGAAGAACGGAUAGUAGCUCCAAUUCGAUGUCAUCAGAGGAUCCAAAAGGUCAUUUUUGAAGAAUAAUUCCUAGCUCUGGAACGAAUCAAUCAACAGUACCGAUAUUACUAGGAAUUCAUCGUUGAUUUUACGAUUUUCGCGCUAAACUAUUCCGGACAACGGCAAGCAGGUUCUCGCAAAUGGCAGAUGACUUAUGAAACGUAUUCUAAACCUGGCCCUCGCUAUGUCUUGACGAAGGUGGACAGGGAAUCAUGCUCGAUUGGCCAGCUGUGUUUAUUCAUGUCGACAUAUCCAGCGGGCUAUUUGCAGAAAUACAGUAAGCGCUAGCGCUGAAAAGCAUCUGACUAGAUUAGACGCCUUUCUUACGUUCUGUCCGAUCUUACAUUACCAGGAGCGUUAUCAUCACAGAGCAUA